AUGAUAAGAAAAAGUGGAACAGGAGGAACAGGAAGAACAGGAGGAACAGGAAGAACAGGAAGAACAGGAAGAAACGGACGAACAGAAAAGACAGGAGGAACAGGACAAACAGAACGAACAAGAGGAACAGGAAGAACAAGAGGAACAGGAAGAACAGGACGAACAGGAAGAACAGGACGAACAGGACAAACAGGACAAACAGGACGAACAGGAGGAACAGGAAUAACAGGAGGAACGGAAGAACAGAAUGAACAGGAGGAACAUUACGAACAGGAGGAGCAGGAGGAACAGAACGAACAGGACGAACAGGAAGAGCAGGACAAACAGAACGAACAGGAAGAACAGUACGAACAGGACGACCAAGACGAACAGGAUGAACAGAAUGAACAGGACGAACAUAACGAACAGGAGGAACAUAGGAAGAACAGGACGAACUAA